CUGGAUUGAGUCAGUGCUGCCCAUUCAGGCACUGGGAGUCCUACCCAGCACAUCCACUCUGCGGAGCAGCCCGGGUGCAGCCGCCUCGCCAGCCCACGACGAUCGGCUCCGGUUCUGCUGCCGCCGCCACUUCUCCAUCGCCGAGAGCUCUGAAACUCCCUAAGGCUGGAGUGGAGACGCUUCCCCUCCCUCCGGCUUUUUCUCCUCGGUCCUGUAGCGAAACCGUGCAGCCCAUCGGGGGUUCCUGGUGCGAGGCCCCUGCCUCUGGACACAGGCUAAGAAGAGCCGGGAGGCUGAGAAGAGAGGCAGAGCGGGGAGUCGGCAUUCCCACCCCAUGGAGGCCGGGCUGUUCCUAGCAGCGCUGCUGCUCUCUUGCACACCGAUACGCACAAGUCCCACGACUGCUGAUGUUUGCACCCUUCAGCAGCUUGCGAAGGACAAGGUGUCUUACACGACAGCGAAGGCUGUGAACGGCUGCGUGAGCCGCAGCACCGUGGGGAAACCCCAGGAAGUCCACGUUCUCCAAGUGAAAAUAGAGAAGCAGAUGUGGCAGUUCCAGUUGAAUGUGUCCUCAGCGGGGAGGACCACCCCACCUGAGCGAAAGGUGCUGUUUGUGAUCAUCUGUGACAAGUACUGUCUUGUGACUGUUCAUUCGGGGGAUCUCCACCCAACCUAUGUCUCGAAUAACUUGGUCCUUGGAGUCACGGACAACAUGUCCAGGGCCUUCGAGGACACCAGUGGUGAGCAGCUUGUACAACGGGUGAAAGAACACUAUGGGGGCAUCACUUCCUUCACCGAGCUGAAAAACCCCCACCACAUCCACUUCCGAGUGGGCGAAGAUGCCAGCAGUCCAGAGGACUGCAUCGUGCAGCCUGGGUUCAAUGCCCAGCGGUACCUACAGACCGAGUUCUUAGUCCAAGAGGUUAAAGGCUGCACCAGUCCCGGUGCGAAGAAGGGGAAGGAGGCUCACAUCUUGCGCAUGCAGCAGGGCCCAGCGGAGACCAGCUCUCAGCCCGUGGAGGUGAAGGUGAACGUGGUCUGCCCUGAAGCAAAGCCGCUGCAGGAUCUGACAAUACUGCUGAUCCUCCAAAGCCAACCCAGCGUGACCUGGAACAUCGAUACGCAACGCACCGUGAGCAUCAUGGCGUCUGGGAAACACCGGAUCAGCAGAUUCCCCUCCGAGCAAUUGGAUGAGAGAGUUCUCCCUGACAGUGAGCAGGGCCUGAUCGGCUUGGCCCACGAUAAAGGAUUUGAUGACAUAGCUUCAUAUACGGACAUCCCGUCGGCUACCCAUGUGACCCUUGAGCUGCACAGAUGUGAACCAGAAGUGAAGACUCUACCACCACCACCCGCACAACGCCCCGAUGCCGUCAACAUUGUUCAAACAUUUUUCAGUCUGUUCCCACCGUGGAAGUGCACAGACGACUCCAUUGAGAUAGUCAUGCCGAAGAUGAACUUACAGGAUUUAAAUGACUACAUCACGGAUAUCACAUUGCAAGACCCCCGUUGCAGAGCUGAACAAAACCAAACUCACUUUGUGCUGAGAAGGUAUUUGGGGGACUGCCACACCAAACUGGAGAGUGACAUUCUAGCCAGGAAUAAGCUGAUCCUGACACUGGCUUCAUCGCUGGAGCAAGUUGAGGUGCCGUUCGAGUGCAGCCUGCCACCGGAGCUCCGUUUGCAGCUUUACCGGACCCAGGACUUCAAGUGGCCUUCAACCACCGUGCUGGAAGUCAACAAAGCUGCUUAUGUCCAGGUCUCAUUUCGGGCCGGGAGUGCCCAGAGGUUCCUGGACGUGAAGGAGUGUUCUCUGCAGACUGCUACCGAGGAACCUCAGCAGCUCCUGAUCCCGCCUGUCGCGCCACUUGGCCAAGCAGUGACCGUCCUCAAGCCGACAGAAGCCACGCUGGGCCGGGAGCUCCAUCGGUUCAGCUUCGUCUACAGCCUGGCUGGGGGAGGGCCCUUUCCACCUUGCGCCACCCUGUCGUGCAGAGUGGCCUGGCAUGUCAACGGCAGCACCAGCGUGGCAACAUUAGAGGUGACGCUGCAGGACACCAGACCUCCACCUUCCAGCCUAGGGAUAGAAGCAGUUGUGGGGAUCACCUUCGCAGCGUUCUUAAUCGGCACGCUCCUCACCGCGGCGCUCUGGUGCAUUUACUCCCAUACCCGCCCCAUGGCCAAGCUGCAGCCUGUCGCCACCAACGCCCCAGCCUCCGAGAGCAGCAGCCCCAAUCACAGCAUCGGCAGCACCCAGAGCACCCCCUGCUCCACCAGCAGCAUGGCCUAGGCAGCAGGCCACCCGGAAACCCCCACCCCUCCUGGGAGCUCCCGCCCAUGGACCUCAGCGGAGCCGCAGGCAGCGGUGGGGGAAAAGACAGCGGGGCCCGUCCCUCGUAGGCUGCGCCACUGGACAGGCACAGCCACGCCAGCACUUUUCAUGCACUCCGGGAGCAACACGCCCACCAGCUCUCCACGGACCCAGCCAACCCAAGGAAGGUACCAGCAGCACGCCGAGAGCAGGCCAGUGGCUGGGAGACCAGGCCAGGGCACAGGCUGGGAGUGUGAGCGUGAGGCCCAGCAGACAGCACGUAGGGAGAGCGGGUGUCCCAGGGAGCCUUUCACUUCUAGGCCAGUCGUUCUCUGUCCCAAAUCCCUGUAACUCUCCCCUGCAGCUGUUCAGUGGCCACCUGAGAGGGGUUUCCUAAUUUCCUAAUGCAAGAUGGCUCCCCUGGAUCCCCCCGUCCUGCCCUCUUUGCAGGCUGCCCCAGGAGAGGGGCCAUGUCUGACUAGGACGUAAGGCCUGAACUCCCCUCGCCAGGGUCCCCCUAGUCAAGGAGUGGGCUCGGCUUGUGCUGCUGCUGCCCAAGUCUCAGACUAGAGGUGAAAGGCCCCUGCUCACCUCCAGUCCCUCCAGCCAUCCUGGCCCCAGCUGAAGAAUCACCGUCUGCGAGAUCCGUGGGAUACAGUCCAUGAAUGACGUGUCCACUCCAGCGCGGUCGCUCAGAGCAGAGCGUAAGUCAGCCCGAGCCCAGCCCUUUCCCCGGGGCUCAGACGCAGCCAGUGAGCUCCAGAGCCAGUUGUGUACACCCAAUCCAACACGCACACACUCCCCCCGCUACCAAACACUGUCAAGGCGCUGCCGGUCUCCCAGGCCCGCGUAGUCGCAGGGGAGGCAGCUGAAAUCAGCCAGUCCCCUAGUGGCCCCUGGGUGCUCAGCCAACAGCUGUGUGAACACACUCCAGCCAGGCAAGGCUAGUGGGAGGGGCCAGAUGGGGUUUUCCUGCUGGACUCCGGUUCCUUGUCAGGGACCCACUCCUACAGAUCUGGGCAGGCAGUGGGGAAUGGUGCCCCCCCCGCUGGAGCAAAGCCAUGCUAUUGGGCUGCUGGAAAGGCAUGGGCACCCAGACAGCAACUAGGAAGCUGGGAGUCGGCUCCCCCCUGACUGUGGUGGGCAGGGAGUCCCCCUCCCCCCCAGGGUCACCUGGCUGGGCUGUGGCACAGAGCUCAGGGCCAGACAG